CUGUGAUGAAGGUCUUCACUACCUGUGUGAGUUAGGACCCCACGGCUGUGAAGACUUGUCCUAAUAUGCAAACUGCAGGGGAUGGAGUGAAAGCCCAGCCCUGGAGGAGGAAGGCAAUGCAUGAUGGAAGUCCAGACCCGGACCAAGAGGCCAAGGCCCGGCAUCAGGCUCAGCUGGAGCAGCGCCAUCUAGAGGCCUACAGGAACAUGCACCGCCUCAGAUAUGCUCUCUGUCGCCGCUAUGCUGCCCUGCUCUCAGACAAGGGCUGCUCCCAGAGAGCACUGCUGCAGCAGAGAGAAGAGGCAGCCAGAGGCAAGUCAGAGAGUGAGGCUCAGCAGAAACAAAAUAAGUUGUCCUUUUCCAAGCUGCUGCACGAUGAAUCAUACCUGAAGCCCCUCCCUAAAACCAGCUAUUACCUGAUCUUUGACCUCCAGAGGCAGUUAUCUAAGCAUGGACAUUUGAAAACCCACCACGACUUGGAGGACUUUUAUAGGGGCAUCAAAUAUAACCGUCACCCAGUACAGCUGUAUAAAAGUCUGGAGGAUGUCAAGAAAAGGAUGUUGGAAAGCAGACCUGCAGCUGGUUUGAUGACCGACAACAAAUCAGAAAAAUAUCCCCACACCGCUGAAGAUAGAGGACAUGAAUGCCACUCCAGGAGGAGAAUACCUACACUGUCACACAUCCCAGCUGUAAGCAAGUUGACCAGAUUACAGAUAUUAGAGCAUAAGUCUGGAUCAGGAGAGGCCUUUGCGGAGCUGAUCUUUGGUGGCAGCCAGGAGAAGGAGCAAACUGAGCAAAUGUUUCCCAAGAUUACCCCUGAGAUUCCUGAGAAGAGCAAGAAAGCAGAGAUUGACUUGAGACAGCUUAGACAUAUGCAUGAUCUUUGUUGGACCAACAUGGCUUUCUCCCAAAGACUGCUGGACAGGGAGACAGACUCUCUGAGCUGGCAGGAGGAGCGAGGCAACCAAGAUUUGACGCUUCCAAGUGUUGACUCCAAACAAGGGAAGACGAGCCAAACCAACCAGGCGCCUCUCUGCUCUCCAAAACAGCAAAGCAGUGUCCGGAAAGACCGGCCCUCUUGUUCCCCACCUCUGAGCAGAGUGACCUCAGCCAGGUGCAUAAAAACACCUUUCAUAUUUAUUUAUUGGAGAAUAAUGCCUGAUUUUUCAGCGUGUGUUUUCUUGGCAGACAUCCAUGUCUUGAGACUCUGGUUUGGGACACAGCAACAUGCUGUCGGAAAACACCUGAUCCCUUAUCCAUUGAAGACGUGUGUCAACAAGAGCAUGUAGAGAUAAUUGAUUGUGGAUUUAAGCUAUGGAGGAACUAUAAGGUCAACCCAGAUCACUGAAGAUAAAGCAAUUACCUCUGUAGAGAAAAUGUGCAAAUAUGAGUCUGUCAGUUCAUAUGGCAAUUCUACAAAACAACAUUACUAUAUUAAAUGAUUUUGAUAUGUCAAUUGUUGAUUUUCUUCUAUAAUGAUGGCAGUGUCCUUAUUCAUUGGGUUUGCUGAAAUAUAAAAGUUAUACUAUAAUGACGUUCGUUCUUCUGUGAGACUGGGUUGAACCAGUUCAAUUGUUAUAAGAAUUGCUGUUAAAAUGAUGAAGUUUCAAUGCAGGCAAUUUGUUCUUUUAAGUGACACACAAUUGUUCACGAUUUAGUAAAUGCAAUUUAGUAAAUUGUUUUAUUUUUGUCAAUUCAUAAUACUAGAGGAACUUUGACUUGUUGAUACUUAGUUGUCACCCACUUACACAGGAGUGAAACAGUUCCAGGUUUAGCAACAUUUAUAUAUUUAAAGUAAUCUGGGGUCAAUUCUGAUCCUUUUAGGAACAAAGAGCAGCUCAGCACACAGUGGCUGUGCUUUCUGCAGGUGUGGCUUUGAUCUAAGUGUCAAUGUUUACAGGUUGAUGUAAUAAAGAAGGUUAAACUGCUUUAUUCAAAAUCCUGUAGUCCUCAAUGUAUGGCCCUCUCAGCCAAUCCCUGGCAAGCCCGCAAAGAUCAAAGAGGAGAGGAGCCAACCAUGUCCGCCCCAAACACCCAUCCCGAGCCUAGCUUCACACUAUAUAUCUGGGAGCUGUCCAUGAAGUCCAGAGACCUCAGAUAACUGAGUGUGGAGACGCAGGAACAGGAGAGAUAUUUCGUUUUUUUAAAUAAGACCUGUGAUUACAUA